AUGCUGGAGGAUGAAAACAGGAGGCUCAGUUUGUGCUCCAGCAGCUCAGGAGAGAGAUGUGAUGACACGCGCUGUGAUUUCAGGGAAGCUGUCUGGAUGAUGAUGGCUGGACAGGAAUGCAACAAAUAUCUUUGUCUCUUACCAGCAAGAUGGAGCUGAUUUUAACUGAAGACAUCUGACACCAUGAGGAUGAUACUGAUGAUGUUGAGAAUGAAUUUCCUCCUUUUUUUGUGUCUCUCAGUCUUAUUGUUUUGUAGCUGUCCCAUCUCAUCAGCUGAUGUUCAUCAGAGGUCAGUGGUUCCCAGAGCAGUCUCCCGGUCCGUGGCAAGGAUGGAUGGCGAUAUCAUCAUCGGCGCUCUGUUUUCUGUCCAUCAUCAACCUUCAGCAGAGAAGGUCGCGGAAAGAAAGUGCGGGGAGAUAAGGGAACAGUAUGGGAUCCAAAGAGUGGAAGCGAUGUUUUAUACACUAGAUAGAGUAAAUGCUGAUCCAAACCUUCUUCCCAACAUCACUCUGGGUUGUGAGAUCAGGGACUCCUGCUGGCACUCAUCAGUGGCUUUGGAACAGAGUAUUGAGUUCAUAAGAGACUCACUCAUCUCCAUCCGAGACGAUAAAGAUGGGCAGAAGUGGUGCGUUGAGGGAAAUCCUUCCGCUCAGCCGCCGGCCACCAAAAAGCCCAUCGCUGGUGUGAUUGGACCUGGAUCCAGUUCGGUGGCCAUUCAAGUUCAGAACCUGCUGCAGCUGUUCAACAUCCCUCAGAUUGCGUACUCGGCUACAAGCAUUGAUCUGAGCGACAAAACCCUCUUUAAGUACUUCCUUAGGGUUGUGCCCUCCGACACUCUUCAGGCCAGAGCUCUUCUGGAUAUCGUUAAACGCUACAACUGGACGUAUGUGUCAGCGGUUCACACUGAGGGGAAUUAUGGUGAGAGCGGGAUGGAGGCCUUUAAGGAACUGGCAUCUCAGGAAGGUUUGUGUAUCGCCCAUUCUGACAAGAUCUACAGCAACGCUGGGGAGAAACACUUUGACCGGCUGCUGAGGAAACUGCGAGAGCGUCUGCCCAAAGCUCGUGUGGUGGUGUGUUUCUGUGAGGGGAUGACCGUUCGUGGUCUCCUCAUGGCCAUGAGACGCCUUGGUGUAACGGGAGAAUUCCUCCUCAUCGGCAGUGACGGCUGGGCGGACAGGGAUGAGGUCGUGGAGGGCUACGAGCAGGAAGCUGUGGGCGGCAUCACCAUGAAGCUACAGUCGGAGGAGGUCACGUCCUUCGAUGAGUAUUACCUGAAGUUACGACUCAACACCAACCAUAGAAACCCCUGGUUUGCUGAAUUCUGGCAGCAUCGUUUCCAGUGCCGCCUCCCGGGACAUCCACAAGAAAACAUGAAUUAUAAGAAGAACUGCUCAGGUUAUGAAAGCCUAGAAGACAACUAUGUCCAGGACAGUAAGAUGGGCUUUGUCAUUAAUGCCAUCUAUGCCAUGGCUCAUGGUCUUCAUGACAUGCAUGAGCACUUGUGUCCGGGUCACGUGGGACUUUGUGAAGCCAUGGACCCCAUUGAUGGCAGCAAACUGCUGGACUUUCUCCUCAAGACCUCGUUUACUGGUGUGUCUGGAGAAGAUGUGUGGUUCGAUGAAAACGGGGACUCGCCAGGCAGGUAUGAUAUUAUGAACCUGCAGUUUGUGGAGCCUGGCGUUUAUGACUAUAUAAACGUUGGCUCGUGGCAUGAAGGCAUUUUAAGUAUCGAUGAUAAUAUGAUCCAGAUGAACCUCAGUGAGAUGGUCCGAUCUGUCUGCAGUGAGCCCUGCUCCAAAGGAGAGAUCAAGGUGAUCAGGAAAGGGGAGGUGAGCUGUUGUUGGAUCUGUACGGCCUGUAAGGACAAUGAAUAUGUCCAGGAUGAGUUCACCUGCAAAGCCUGUGAGCUGGGAUGGUGGCCGGACGAAGAGCUUCAAGUCUGUGAGCCCCUUCCCCUGCGCUACCUGGAGUGGAGUCAUCCUGAAUCCAUUGCGGCUGUCGUCUUUUCAUGUCUGGGCAUCCUAGUGACCAGUUUCGUCACCUUUGUCUUCAUACUCUACCGAGACACACCGGUCGUCAAGUCCUCCAGUCGUGAACUUUGCUACAUCAUCUUGGCUGGCAUCUUCCUGGGUUACAUUUGUCCCUUCACUCUCAUCGCACGUCCCACCAUAGCCUCAUGUUACCUGCAGCGCCUCCUCGUGGGGUUCUCGGCCUCCAUGUGCUACUCGGCUCUCGUCACCAAGACCAACCGAAUCGCUCGAAUCCUGGCCGGCAGUAAGAAGAAAAUAUGCACACGCAAACCACGCUUCAUGAGCGCCUGGGCGCAAGUGGUGAUCGCGUUCAUCCUCAUCAGCGUGCAACUGACUUUAGAGGUCACACUGAUCAUCUUGGAGCCUCCGGAGCCCAUUAAAUCGUACCCAAGUAUUCGAGAAGUUUUUCUAAUAUGCAACACCAGCAAUUUGGGCAUGGUUGCACCAUUGGGCUACAAUGGCCUGCUCAUUCUCAGCUGCACCUAUUAUGCGUUUAAAACUCGCAAUGUCCCUGCCAACUUCAACGAGGCCAAGUAUAUUGCCUUCACCAUGUACACCACCUGUAUUAUCUGGUUGGCCUUUGUGCCGAUCUACUUCGGCUCCAACUACAAGAUCAUCACCACAUCGUUCUCUGUGAGCCUCAGCGUGACGGUGGCUCUCGGCUGCAUGUUCACACCAAAAAUGUACAUAAUCAUCGCCAAGCCCGAGAGGAACGUACGCAGCGCGUUCACCACCUCCGACGUGGUGCGCAUGCACGUGGGUGAUGGGAAAAUUGCUUGCAGGAGCAACAGCCUGCUAAACAUGUUCAAACGCAAGAAGAACGUAUCCGGAAAUGCCAAUUCUAAUGGAAAGUCUGUGUCAUGGUCUGAACCAGGUUCAAGACAUCCUCCGAAAGGGGAACACAUGUGGCACAGACUGUCUGUACAUGUGAAGAGGCAGGAAGCCGGAUCCAAUCAGACGGCUGUCAUCAAACCCCUAACUAAUACCUACAAUAACCCCGGCAUGGAGUUUUCCGAUUUAAGCACCAAGACUCUGUAUAAUGUAGCCGAGGAGGACGAGGGCGACCCGAUCAGAUACAAUCCCUCGGGCAGCCCUCAUCUGAUGGCUCUCAGGCAGUCGCCUGUCAGCAAGCCUAUGAAGGAGGCGGGCGCUGAUAUGACAUUUUACACUCCCGAGCAACACAUGCCACAAAAAAACAGUGUUCUCCCUCAACAUUGUAUUGCAGAUCAAGAGGUGCUCAAGUUCAGUUCAAACAUGCCCGAUCUGGAUGAGAUCAUUAGCCUGCCCGAGCUGGGCGAUGGGGUGAUUUCGCCCCUUCAGCCCCAAAUAUUGCACCCACAUCCGAUUUUGCCCAUGCAACUGGGUGCAUACCCGGACGAACCCUCCUCCCCUUUGGAGGAGGUUGAAAAUGAGCAGUUCGGGCUUCUUCACGGCUACAUGUAUGACAAUGCGCAGAUCCACGACGAGGAGGAGUUGGUGCAGAUUAAAAUGGCAAUGGAGGACUCUGUGGCCCUCAUGCCACCUUCUCCGUUUCGGGAUUCGCUCGGCUCGGGCAGCCCCAUUCCCAACUCCCCGGUGUCCGAGUCUAUCUUAUGCACGCCACCGAGCAUGACGUACGCCUCCGUCAUUCUCAGAGACUAUAAGCAAAGCUCCUCGACCCUUUGAAAUUUAUUUUAGGAGAUCAUGUCAGCUCCAGCUUUGUGAAAUAAUAGCUACUGUACUAGUUUGUGCAAUAAUGUGACUGUAAGUUGCCUGCACUGGAGAGCUUUAAUAUUAUAUAUGGUUAAUUUAAAGAGAGUAUAUGGAAGUGAAUGUAUGUUGAGCAGGGUCCAAAAUUAAGACUUACCAAGUGCGAAAGGCAUUUAAAAUUUUGCCAGUACAUCUUUCACAGUUUCACAGACAUGGAGAAGCUUGUGUACCAUCUACUUAUUAAAUGAUGAUAUUUUAAAUCAUUUUAAUUUUAGUUCAAGUUUUAGUAAUUUUGUUGUGUUUGUCAUUUUUAUUUAUUUUUUCUUUAAAUAUGCCCCGUAUAAUUUAUAUUAAUUUCUAUUUCAGUUAUUUUAGUUUUUAAUGAUUUUACUUAAUAGUUAAUGAUAAUGACCCAGAAAUGAACAAUAAAACAAAAUUUUAGUACUAAAUUUUUAGUAAAUUCACCUGCAAUUUGCAGGUGUGGCAAAAGAUUUUAACUGA